AUGCGAAUUGCUAAAGGACAUACAUCUUCGUCCCCAUGGUACGACCCAGUAGUUUCAAGACAAGAAUGGCGCCAGGUGAUGACAAACAUCGGUCGUUCCGCUAUCAUACCCUCCGUCCCACCUGUUGCAGUAGAAAACGAACUCUCUUUCCCUACAAUCACUCUGGAUCAACCUACUUCCACCACUACCGAGCCUACUCUCCCACUUACAACAACACCUGCACAGAUACUUGAUCCGGUAGAUCCUGUCACAAUUACAAGCGAACCCGUUUCACCUGUCUUGCCUUCCGUGAAUUUAUCUGAUCCUAUACAAUCCCCCAUCAUUGGUCCUUCUCAAGCAAAUUCGGAUUUCUAUACUAAGGUCCAAGAAACCGUCGAACCUACUGCUCCUAUUCGCACUUUUUCUGAUACUUCGUCUGACGCUGAUUACAAUAUCGACGUUGACACUGAAGAAGUUGAGCCUAAAGAAAUUGACCUUGAAGAUGUUGACAAGACCCCUAGUACAGUCAUUAGCACCCCUAUGACCGUUUGUCCUCCUCCCAUUACACCUCUUGACACGGUUACAAUCUCUCCUGAAUCACUUGUGACCCAGCCUAUACACCGUUUCUGA